GCUUGAUAUGAUUUCCGGUACGCGAUCCUGACCAAUGAGAGAAGAGCCAAUCAGCAGUAUUUUCAGCUCUUCUGUGAGUGUAUUUGUGGAUAACACGCGCACAGUGCUGUGGAAUCUGCCUGUGAAAAUGGCUCAUUUAAAUAAAAGUCCUGCAGAUAAAGAAAGGUUUAUUUGCAUAUACCCGGCAUUCAUAAACAGUAAGAAGACCAUAGCAGAAGGCAGGAGAAUACCAGUUGACAAGGCUGUAGAGAAUCCAACAUAUGUUGAAAUAAGAGAUGUUUUAACAGCAGCAGGAGCAAAUGUUGUUGUUGAGAAUAAACUUUACCCAAGAGAAUGGAACCGCGAUGUGCAGUUCCGAGGAAGAAUACGGGUGCAGCUCAAGAAGGAGGAUGGGAGUUUGUAUCUGGAACAGUUUAAAUCACGUAAAGAUAUUAUGCUUUAUGUGGCGGAGACGAUUCCAAAACUGAAGACUAGGACCCAAAAGACAGGGGGAGGAGACCAGAAUGCACAGCAGGGAGAAGGUGGCAAGAAGGGCAAGAAAAAGAAGAAGUAGUUACCACUGACCACUUUGACUCCUAAUGCUGGAGAUUAGCUCAAUGCAACUUCCUUAUAAAGAGAAGUCUAGGUUUUGUUUUAUCAUGAUUGGGUUGUGCUUUCCUUCUAUAAGAUACUGCAUGCAAUUGUGCAGAUUAACAAAAAAAAUCAUGAACAAGGGAAGAAAAUAAAUACAAUUUAUGGUUAAUAUAUUAAUAUGGAGACCCACAAUUGGGAAUUCAUGUUAGGUUUUGGUGGGGGAUAUUGCCUUGUAUUUUUGAAGAGUUUUAAUCAGAAGUGUAGUAAACAUUCCCUAAUAAAUAUGCCAAACGGUGAAAAGAAUAUGUUUGUCUAAACACUUGGGAUGACAAUACUUGCACCAUACAUAUGGCAAUGAAUAAACACAAAAGAAAGUCACACUUCAAUGAGGUUUUCUGACAUUAACCGGAUAGCAGGAGCAAUGCUAUUCCUUAUUAUACAAACUGGUUUGUUGUAUUUAUAUAACUUGUUAGAUAUAUCAGUGUUUGUGUGUUCUUUUGCUGCUUAUUUGAUGCAUUAUUACAUGCAUGUUAAAUAACUUUUUGUUGUUAUUGACCAAUAAAAAUAAAAAAAACUCA